AUGCUGUCGAUGCAGCAGGCCUCCAGAGAUCUGCCGCUUUCUGUGACUAUCCCGGCGACUGUUGUUCUAAUCAUCUUCACUGCUAUUGCCCAAAAUGUGGUCCGCCAGCUUUGCUUUCCCAAUCCUCACCGCCCGCCUGUAGUCUUCCACGUAUUCCCGUGGAUUGGCAGCACGGUCCAGUAUGGCAUAGACCCCUAUAAGUUCUUCUUUGACUGUCGGGCCAAGUACGGUGAUUGUUUCACCUUCGUUCUUCUUGGAAAACCUACGACAGUCUUCCUCGGUCAAAAAGGCAACAACUUCAUCUUGAAUGGAAAGCACGCCGAUCUCAACGCCGAGGAAGUCUAUGGCAAGCUGACAACUCCCGUAUUUGGCAAGGGUGUGAUUUACGAUUGUCCAAACGAGAGACUGAUGGACCAGAAGCGGCUGAUGAGGGACGGCUUCACGUCCAAUUCUCUUCGCUCAUAUAUCCCGAAAUUCGUCAAAGAGGUGGAGGACUACGUCAACAGCUCACCGCGAUUUCAAGGGCAAUCUGGAGAGUGCAACAUUACUGAGGUCAUGGCCGAAAUUACCAUUUACACCGCAUCGGGAUCGCUCCAGGGCAGAGAGGUUCGCUCAAAGUUUGACACGACGUUUGCGAAGCUUUACCGUCAUCUAGACGAUGGUUUCCAGCCCAUCAAUUUCAUAAUGCCAUGGCUCCCGCUGCCCCAGAACCGUCGUAGGGAUCAUGCACACAAGGUUAUGGAGAAGCUGUACAACGAUAUCAUCCAAACUCGCCGCCAGGAAGGCAAUCGUUAUGGCGAGACGGACAUGCUCUGGACUCUGAUGACCGCUCAGUAUAAAGAUGGAACCGCCGUACCUGAUGAGCAUAUUGCACGGUUGAUGAUUGCUCUUCUCAUGGGAGGGCAGCAUAACACAGCUGCCUCCGGAGCAUGGAUCAUGUUAAAUCUAGCGAACAAGCCCCGUCUGAUCGACGAACUGUAUCAGGAGCAAAUUGACGUCCUUGGAUGGCCCUUGCCACCAUUGACGUUGGAAAAAUUGCAAGAGCUCAAGCUUUGUGGGCAAGUCAUCCAGGAGACUUUGCGGCUUCAUAGUCCCAUUCACUCUAUCCUGCGGAAAGUCACUCGAACAAUGUCAGUCCCCGAUACUGACUGGGUCAUUCCACCGACUCAUACUCUUCUCGCCUCACCAGGGCUUCUGGCACGAUCGGAAGAGGUCUUCUCCCGGCCCAUGGAGUGGGAUCCACAUCGCUGGGAUACAGUUGAGGCUCCUGAGCAACUGGAAGACGAUUCAGCCAAGGUCAAUUACGGGUUUGGUCUAGUGUCUAAAGCGGUAACCAGUCCCUACCUCCCGUUUGGUGCUGGGAGGCAUCGUUGUCUCGGAGAACAUUAUGCCUACGCGCAGCUUGGUGCCAUCAUAGCCACUAUGGUCAGACUACUGAAGUGGGAGCAAAUCCACCCGAAGGCACCUAUCCCAGCAACAGAUUACUCAGUAGGUACAGCCUCUUUCGGCUUGUUUAUGGCUGAUUGCUAA